GAUUGGCCAAGAUUAGCACCUGUGGAUCAAAUUAUGGAUUCACGAUUAAGUGUCUAUUAGAUCAGAUUAAAUGCUCAUUGAAUUAUCAGUAAAUCUUCAGAUUUGCUGAUUCUCUCUUGUUUCAUUUUUUAACAUUCAAGUUGUAGGUGUCUCUACAAGUCAGUGAAUCUCGUGUAUUUUUAGCUAUUGUGACAAUAGUCUUGUCUUUUCACGUUGACUCAUCUUAUUUGAAUUGUUCAAUCUGCAGAGCAACUUGAAAAUAAAUCUAUCUUUAUCACAUUUACUUUUGUUGACAUAUUUCUUUAUGAAAUUUUGGUCAAAAGUGCUCAACUUUUGUUUAAUUAUAUUCCCUCUACUAUUUCAUCGAAAACUUAAAUAACUAAACCAUGUCUUCUGAUCUGCAAACUAUUUCUGCUGUUAAAUGUUUUGGUGGACAACAAUUCAUCUAUUCGCAUUACAGUGAAACUCUUAAAUGUACCAGCAAAUUCUCGUUAUAUUGUCCACCGCAAGCUUCUGAAUCCAACAAAGUGCCGGUCAUUUAUUUCUUAUCAGGAUUAACAUCUUCUGUAAAGGAACUCAUUCAGCAAUCCGGAUUCCAGAAAUAUGCUGCUCAACAUGGAAUCUGUGUUGUAGGUCCAGAUACAUUUCCUCGCGAUGCUUUGCCCAUAAGUCCACCAAUAACUCGCGCUCAAAUGGCAGCAAUGUAUGUUGAUGCUGAGACACCGGGUUGGAGUGAUCAUUACAAGAUGUACAGCUAUGUAACAGUUGAACUGAUCAAAACAAUUGAAGAAAAGUUCAAUUUCGUCCAGAAAGAUAAUAGAUCAGUCAUGGGUCACAGUAUGGGUGGUCAUGGAGCAUUAAUCUGUAGUCUUCGUAAUCCAGGAUUAUACAAGUGUUGUUCAGCUUUCGCUCCUUUAUACAACCUAGAAGGUGCUGCAGAAUUUAUGGUAAAUCUUAUUCAAGCGGAAAAUGUAAAAGAUUGGGAUGCAACAAAGCUUAUACGAAAUUACAAAGGACCUUCAUUGAAUAUUCGCAUAGAUCAGGGUGCUGAGGAUUACAUUCUUGGUAUGUUCAGUCCUGAUCGUUUCUUAUCUGCUGCAUUGGAAAGUAAAACAACCGUUUCAUUCAACCUUAUCGAAGGCUACGAUCAUGGAUGGUUUUUCAUAAAGACUUUCAUCGAAGACAAUUUCAAUCAUCAUGCUAAGUUUUUGAAAUCUUCAAAUAAUCAUUAGACGACAAUAAAUCUUCAAAUACUCAUUAUAUGACCAUUAUACCCGGUAUCUACAAAUUGCGGAUCGUUAUGGGCUUUUCAAGAAUAAUUUAUUUUAUAAACAUAGUUGUUUGAUAAUGACUGUUGCAAUUUAGCUAAUGGGCUUCAAAUAAGUUUUAUUUUAUCAUAUUAAAAUACUAGAUUUGUUACAUUGAUAAUUAUUUUCAAAAUACUCUACCAUAUAAUGUCAUGACAAGAUUUACAGGCACAUAGACCAUCGAGACAUUCAGUUCCACAGACGCAUGUAAAAGCUUCUAACCAAUUGUCACAAUCAGUGUCUGCGCUCCAUUUGUUGCAAGAAAUACUCGAUCCAUAGGAAGCUGCAUCAACAAAUUGAUUGGCACCAAUAAACACAACCAGUAAAAUCAAAACUAAUGAUCGAUUGAACAUUUUGUAUUAAUCAAUAAAUUAACUGAAUAAAGUGAACACAAAGAAGCAAAAGUAAAUACAACUGAA